AGUGGUCGCGCCACGCGCGGUAUCGGCGUCCAUCCGUACUCCAUUACUCCAUAUUCCAUUGCGUUGCGGUAUCGCCUGGUGCCUGCGAUCAGUACAGUUUAGAAUUAGAACAAUUCAGAGGUACGAAUUGCUAAAGAACAACCGGGAGCUUCCACCUGAAGGGUUGAAAAUGGCAAUGGCGACGAACCAAGUUAAGGGCAGCGGCUGGCCACGGAGAGCGAGCAACAGUUCGUUCGAGGGGAAGGUGGUGCAGAAUCAAUCGGUUACCAUCAACAGGACCGUUAAUUUAUAUCCUUUGACAAACUAUACAUUUGGAACAAAAGAGCCACUCUUCGAGAAAGAUCCAUCAGUACCAGCAAGGUUUCAGCGCAUGAGAGAUGAAUUCGACAAGAUCGGCAUGCGGAGAAGCGUAGAAGGUGUCUUAUUGGUACAUGAGCAUGGACUUCCACACGUUCUUCUUCUGCAACUUGGCACAACAUUCUUCAAAUUACCUGGCGGAGAACUCAAUACAGGAGAAGAUGAGGUAGAGGGCCUAAAACGGCUCCUUACAGAGACCUUUGGACGACAGGACGGGGUGAAGCAAGAAUGGGUUAUAGAAGAUACAAUUGGAAACUGGUGGCGUCCGAACUUUGAACCACCUCAGUAUCCGUACGUGCCGCCACACAUUACAAAACCGAAAGAACACAAGAGACUAUUUCUCGUACAGUUGCAAGAGAAAGGUAUAACGACAAAUCGGAAGUUUCGGUAUAUGUAUUUAAUUAAUCUUAUAAAUAUAUUUACUCUCUUGUUAUUUUUAUAUUUAGCUCUCUUUGCUGUACCUAAAAAUUAUAAGUUAGUUGCUGCACCUUUAUUUGAAUUGUACGAUAACUCACAAGGCUACGGUCCUAUAAUCUCAUCUCUACCACAAUCUCUGUGCAGGUUUAAUUUCAUCUACAUGUGAAACUAGAAUUAGAAGAACAAAACUGAAAUUUUGUUUAAUUUAAUAAAAUCUUAUUAAAAACUUAAUAAA